AUGGAAACGUUAAUCCAUCUGGACACUUCACUUCGGUUUUCAUGCCAAAUUUUGGGUCAUAUCCAAGCGGAUGCAGUGGAAAUAUAUUUACCGCAAGCUCCAGCGAUAUGGGAAAUGAAGAGUCCGGGCCCGAGUUGCAAUGAUCGAGGAUAUCCGAUAAAAUUGGAUUGGAAGAGCCUUUGGAAAGCAAAUCUAAAACAUGUGCGAAAAGAAUGCAAACCUUGUCGUGAAACAGGAAAGUUUUUUUUAAUAGAAAAGGGGAUCUCCAAAGAAGUAUUGCUCUUUGCGGCGAGGUCAAAGUCCGAUAGGCGGCCAGACCCCAAUACGGUGGAGGCCGACUUUACCUUGUACAUUCCCUAUGGAUGGUCAGCGAAUCGCCAUACUGUCAAUGAAAGCAGUGAGAUCCUCCAAGGGAUAUAG